AUGCUCAGCGCCGUACUUCGGAGGCAAGCCCUCAAGCCCACCCAGAAUGCCCUGCGAGCAGGCUUCAGGGCACAUGUAGUCCGCUACUAUGCUUCUUUCCCCGACCACCAGGUCGUCAAGAUGCCCGCCCUCUCCCCAACCAUGCAGGCUGGCAACAUUGGCGCCUGGCAGAAGAAGCCUGGUGACAGCAUCGCGCCCGGUGAUGUUCUUGUUGAGAUCGAGACCGACAAGGCCCAGAUGGACUUUGAGUUCCAGGAGGAGGGUGUGAUCGCCAAGAUCCUCAAGGAGUCUGGUGCCAAGGACAUUCCUGUUGGCACUCCUAUCGCUGUUCUCGUCGAGGAGGGCGCCGACAUCACUGCUUUCGAGAAGUUCACUCUCGAGGAUGCCGGUGGUGAUGCCGCUCCUGCCGCUCCCAAGGAGGAGAAGACUGAGUCCAAGCCCGCUGCCGCUUCUACCCCCGAGCCCGCCCCCGAGCCCGAGCAAUACUCUUCCACCGGCCGCCUGCAGACCGCUCUUGACCGUGAGCCCAACGCCACCCCCCAGGCCAAGCGUCUGGCCCGCGAGAGCGGUGUCGCCAUCGAGAAGGUCAAGGGCACUGGCAAGGGCGGAAAGAUCACCGAGGAGGAUGUCAAGAAGGCCGUCAGCGCCCCCUCUUCUUCUGCUGCUCCCGCUGCUGCUUUCGAGGACACUCCCAUCUCUGGCAUGCGCAAGGUCAUUGCCAGCCGCCUCCAGGAGUCCGUCCAGAACAACCCUCACUUCUUCGUCACCAGCUCCCUCUCCGUCACCAAGCUGCUGAAGCUCCGCCAGGCUCUCAAUGCCUCAGCUGAGGGCCAGUACAAGCUGUCGGUCAACGAUUUCUUGAUCAAGGCUAUCGCUGCCGCUUCCAAGAAGGUCCCCACCGUCAACUCUAGCUGGCGCGGUGAGACCAUCCGCCAGUUCAGCAGCGUCGACGUUUCCGUUGCUGUCUCCACCCCCACUGGCCUGAUCACCCCCAUUGUCACUGGCGUUGAGGGCCGUGGCCUCGAGUCCAUCUCCUCCAAGGUCAAGGAGCUGGCCAAGAAGGCUCGUGACGGCAAGCUCAAGCCCGAGGAGUACCAGGGCGGUACCAUCUCCAUCUCCAACAUGGGCAUGAACCCCGCUGUUGACCACUUCACUGCCGUCAUCAACCCUCCCCAGGCUGCCAUUGUCGCCAUCGGCACCACUAAGAAGGUUGCUAUCCCCUCCGAGACUGAGGAGUCCGGUGUUGAGUGGGAUGACCAGAUCACCAUCACUGCCAGCUUCGACCACAAGGUCGUCGACGGCGCUGUCGGUGCCGAGUGGGUCCGUGAGCUGAAGAAGGUCAUCGAGAACCCUCUCGAGCUCCUCCUGUAA